AUCUGUUGGCAGCCUCUGAUAGAUUCCGCAGCCGCCGAAACUCAGUCACUCAGUCUCAGCUACUGAAUCUUGUUUGUGCUUCCAUCCAUUCCAAAUAUGCAAUAUUAACAGCGCCUAAUCCUUACUCUCUCUAAUCCAAUUCAAAUUUUCCCUUCAUCUUCGUUUCAAUGGCAGCUGGUCAAGUUUUCUUCACGGGGGCCCAUGCUUCCAACGUUUUCUGCUAUCCCUAUCCCCACCAAGCAAACCCAAUGACCAACGAAUCGAAGAAAACCCAUUGCCACAGAUUCACGGGCAACUCUUUGUGGGCAAUCCCAAUGAGCCUUGUCACCCACAACCGUCGUUUCCAGCGGCCCUUGGCGGCGGCAAGCGUGGAGGAGACGGCGAAGACUGAGAUCAAAGAAGGGAAGUCGCGGAUUAGGCUGGAUGUGGUGAGUCCUGAGAUUACAGAAGCUCAGAAAGAAGCUAUUGAACAACUGCCACAAAAUAUGAGCAAGCGGUGUAAGGCUUUGAUGAGGCAGCUCAUUUGCUUUUCUCCUGAAAAGGGUAGUUUGUGCGAGUUGUUGGCUGAUUGGGGUAGGAUUAUGAAGCCUUGCAGAGCUGACUGGCUUGCUGUUCUUAAAGAAUUGAGGGUAAAGGAUCACCCCAUUUAUCUUCAGGUAUUUGCUUUUUACUGGCUUUAUCAAUCUUUUGAAGCCAACAUUCGUGACUAUACCAAAAUAAUUCAUGGUUAUGGGAAACAAAACCGAGUUGAGGAUGCUGUAAAAACCCUUUCGAACAUGAAGACUAGAGGCUUCAUAUGUGAUCAGGUAACUCUAACUGCCAUGAUUGACAUGUAUAGCAAGGCCGGAAAUCUUAAGCUAGCUGAAGAAACUUUUGAAGAACUUAGGCUCCUUGGACAGCCGUUGGAUAAAAGAUCGUAUGGCUCAAUGAUUAUGGCGUACAUUAGAGCUGGAAAGCCUGAUCAGGGAGAGAGUUUGCUCACAGAAAUGGAUGUUCGAGAGGUUUAUGCUGGAAGUGAAGUUUACAAGGCAUUGUUAAGAGCAUACUCAAUGGUUGGUGAUACUGAAGGAGCUCAAAGGGUGUUCAAUGCAGUUCAGCUAGCUGGUAUUUCUCCAGACGCUAAGCUAUGCGGACUUCUCAUAAAUGCAUAUGGUGUAUUGGGUGAAAGUCAAAAGGCGCGUGUUGCGUGAAACAUGAGGACGGCUGGUCUUAAGCCAACUGAUAAAUGUAUAGCUCUAGUGUUGGCUGCUUACGAAAAGGAGAAUAAGCUUCAAAAGGCAUUAAAAUUUCUGAUAGCGUUGGAGAGAGAUGGUAUCAUGGUUGGGAAAGAAGCUGCUGAAACACUGGCUGGAUGGUUUAGGAAACUAGGGGUUGUAGAAGAGGUGGAUAUGGUCUUGAGAGAAUUUGCAGCAACGGAAGCAAAUUCUAGCAUUCCGGCUUCCUAGUUUCCCUCUCCGGGUUUUAUUUUCUGCAGCAAUGAGGAGAAGUCUCUCUUUCCAAGUAAAUCGCUCCUUCUUAUUGCUAGGAAUAUGAUAGUGAAGUUAUGAGGAGCCGAAAAGAUCUUAUCACAAAUGGCGAUCUUAGUACACUCCUCGAAACUUGAAAGGAAUCGAAAACAGAUCACCAUUGCAUUAUUUCUGAUUUCAACAUUGAUGAACAAAUUGCUUUGACUUCUCAGGGAAUUGAAGAGCAGACGGGGCAGACAAAGGAUUUUACUAAAGGUCGGGAAUCAGUCGUAUUGAAGAAUGCAACGAUUAAAGAUGGAACUCUCAUCUAAAUCUAUCAAUUCGACUGUGAGCUACUAGUUCAGAUCGAGCCACGGUUAAUGGCACCUUGACAAGGUUCGUCUGUAGCUUUAACUUGAUGUAGUAGCUGGAAAUGCUUGCUUCUGUAAAUGAACAAGUUUCUUUGAUGUACUUUACCAAACAUACUAGUUACUUAAUAAGAUCAAUAAAGCUCUAUCUUUCGUUUA